AUGGGGCCCGACGGCAACGACCUUCCCUGCCUCGGCGAGACCAUCGAUGAGGCCAAGGCCGAGGCCAGGCGAUACAAUUCGCAUAUCAAGGGCCAUUGCGACUCACGAACCGACCAAUGCCACUUUCAGAAAGUACGGGUAGUGGGAGACCAACGAGAUUGGGGUUUUGAGUGGAAGCCUCUAGAUGUAAGAUGCGACGACAACACUUGUAAGACGGGCUGCACCGUCGAGUUUGCCCUACAAGAUCUACGUCCACCGCCGGACAACAUGAACCAGUGGAAGAACGGGAACAUCCCACCACCCAAGACCGUGAUUCAGCCCAAGGCGGGAGCCAGACCGGCACGCACGAAGCGAAGUCCCAACGACCCGCCGUCGCAGAGCAACUCCCAAUCGAACGACGACGCCCACAACGACCUGACGUCAUGGGCCAUGUUGACCUGCUGGUGA